CGGGGAACGGAUGCAAAUGCAGCGUGGUAUUCGGUGCCUCUGAACCGAGAUUGUCCAUCCUGAAAGGGAGAAAAGAUGACAUUCGGUCAAGAAGAAGAGCCGCUCCAUGCCGGAGGAGGGGAUGCCAGCUGAACCCAGAACCGGUGAUUGAAUGUCUUCAGUCUGUGUGAAGGUGGUGGGUUCCAUCAAUAGCAUGCGCCUAGUGACGCGUGCUUUGCUCCUUCUGACCGCCGCCUCGCUUGCCUUCCUGUUGCUAAUUGGACACUGCGGACUUCGGCUCGACGAGGACCCUUCUUUGUCCAGCGAUCUGCAGUCCAUGUCCCCAGAUUCAUACUAUCUGGAUCUGCUGCACCGCCGCGAGGAGGAACACCGUGCCGAAAUCAAGUCCCUCAAAGAGGAGAUCGCCAACUUGAAGAAGAAAGUUUCUGAUCUGCAAAAGCCCUUUGUGGAUCCCGUCUCUGUGCCGAUUGUUGAACCUCCAUCAAGAUCCUCAUCUGAAAACCAGCGUCCUGUAGAGUGCUCUGAUUAUCUUCGCAAGCAAGUAAACUCCGCCGAAAUUCGUCACGGGGUUCAAUUAAACAACGAGUAUGAGGUGGUUCCUUUCAGCCAUUUUACCUUUGGACGGGUAUACCCAGUCGCUCUGGGACUUGGAAAAAGAGUUGUCGAGAAACCCAUCGGAUAUAAACGAAAGGACCUUCUUGAAGUCUUCGUCAGGGCUCUGGAUGUCCUCAACCGAGAUAAAAAGGGCAAGCAACGAUACACUGUGGAUGACUUCGCUGAAGGUCUCUUCAGAAACGAACCAACUACAGGAACCCAAUACGAGCUAUACUUCAAAGAGAAGAAUGUGUCCAGGGCUUAUCACCGGAUAGUCUUGAUAAGGCCAUUUGGUCCUGUGCAGACUCUUAUCAAUGAGAAAGUGAAAACUUCAAAGGAACUUAUCAAUGUAAUUCUGCCUUUGUCAGGCAGAAUAGACGCUUUCAGGACGUUCAUGGAUAGAUUUUCCAAAGUGGCCAUCAAGCAUGACAGGAAAGUUUUCUUGACUGUAGUUUACUUCGGGGACGAAGGUCUUCAUGAUGUUCGCGUGAUUCUGACUAAAGUAUCUCGAGAGACUAAAUUCCGGAACCUUAAACUCUUGACUUUGAAUGAGACUUUUUCCAGGGGGAAAGGGCUGCAGGUAGGUGUCCAGCACUGGUCUAAAGGAGAUGUUCUAAUGUUUCUAUGUGACGUCGACAUUGUCUUCACUAACAGGUUUCUAGAACGCUGUCGUCUGAACGCAUCGCCAGGCAAAAAAGUGUAUUAUCCUAUUGUCUUUAGCCUUUAUAAUCCUUCCUUAGUGUAUUCUUUACAAGGCAAAGAGACGCCUUCAGAAGCAGAACAACUGACAAUCUCUAGAGAUUCUGGUUUCUGGAGAGAUUUUGGUUAUGGUAUGACUUGUCAAUACAGAAGUGAUUUCAUGAAUCUAAAAGGUUUCGACGAAGACAUUAUAGGUUGGGGUGGGGAAGAUGUCAUGUUGUAUAGAAAGUAUGUUCGCAGUAACCUUAUUGUUGUCAGGGCGACUGAUCCUGGCAUCUUUCACAACUGGCACGAAAAGCUUUGUGACCCUGACUUAUCAGUGGAUCAGUACCGUGCUUGUUUAAGGUCAAGAGCACUUGGGGAGGCCUCUCAUGCUCAACUGGGCCUCCUAGCUUUUGGUGAUGAACUUAGAAAUCAUCAAAAAAAUCUGGCCUCGAUAAGGUCUUCAACCGCCAGUGGCGGUGUUGUGAAUGUGAUAGAAAAGCCUCAUGAGGGGCGAACCGAGACUUGAAAAUGUUAUUUGUUACAGUCACUUCAAAGUGUACUAUAAAGUUGUGAUUAGUUUUAUCUUACCUUUAUUUUAACAGAUGCUUAUUUAUCCA